UUUGUUACAAACCAAAGAAACCCUAACCAAACUCAAGCACCCUCACCACCUCACUGACUCACUCCUCCUUCCAGCCCCCUUCCUGAAUCAGAAAGCAACCCAGCCAACCCUAGCCUCUAAACUCCAAAGGCUCAAACGGCAACCCUAGCCUCCACCACCGUCGUCGUCUUUGUCGAGCAGCUUCGUCGUGGUCGCCGUCGUCUUCGUCUGCCCUCUGGUCGCCGUCGUCCUCGUCUGCCCUCUGGUCGCCGUCGUCUUCGUCUGCUCGUCGAAGGUCCGUGCUCAGUGCUCCCAUUGUCUCUUUUUUGCGUCGCGAUAGCUCCACCGUGCUUGUUCGUGAGGUCGCGGUGAAGCACACCCGCAGAACCACUAGCGCCACCACCGUUCAUCGCACCUCCAUCCUCGUUGCCGUUUAGCACCCUGUCGCUGCCUUCAAUCGCGGUUUCUUCUCCUUCCUAGUUCAUUGCUUUGCUCCGCCGUGCGACAACAGAUCCACAGUGAGUGAGCUACUACCGUCGCUGUCGCUGCCUGCACUCAGCACCGCCACCACUCCUUCUACCGCUGCCGCACCCCACUUUCCGGUUCCUCUACAUUGUUGUGCUUCUUCUCUGCCCCUGCGAACUACUCAGUCUCACACUCUAGUCCGCUUCUCGAGCACUCCUCAACCCUCAGUCAGAUUCAGUCCCUCUCCACUCUCCUCUGAGAUUUGAGAAGAUGAAGCACGAGGCUGAGGCUGAAGCUAAGGUUCUCCCUCUUGAAUUGGUGGAGAAAAUCCUACUAUGGUUGCCGGUAAAAUCCCUGAUUCGGUUCAGGUGCGUCUCUAAAAAAUGGCUUUCUCUGAUUUCGGAUUCACGUUUUGUAAAAUUGCAUUACGACACUGCUGAUGCCGCACCCACCAAUAAGAACACUAGGCUUUUGUACUUGUCGAGUGAGGUUCCUGAGGCUCGUUGUGUAGAUCUGGAAGCUCCGAUUUGCGGCGAUUACGCGCUUCAGCUUCCUCUAUGUUGUCGUCAUUUCAGCCUUAGUAUUCUAGGUUCAUCCAGGGGCUUCAUACUGCUGCGCAUUCAUGUUUAUGGCGCACCGCUCCUUCUGUGGAACCCUGUCACUGGUUCUUACAGAUCAGUGCCAUACCCUGUUGUUGACCCUGAUGCUUCUUGUUGGACGGAUUCAAUUAAUUUAUGGGGUGGUCUUGGUUAUGAUGAAUCCAGUGAUGAUUAUUUAAUAGUAGUAGGAUGGGGUGACGGACAUGAAUGGAGACCUCAGUGGGAGUAUUUCUCUGUUAGAACCAAUUCCUGGAAAAAAAUUGAGUGUGGCCAUCUUCCUCCCCAUUUGGUUACCAUUGAAAGUGCACUGUUUUGUAAUGGGGUUCUUUAUUGGUUGGCCGUUAAAGAUAUGGAAGUGAAUUUUGUGAUUGUUGCCUUCGACUUAGCCGGAAAGCAUCUAUCAUUGGUGUCAUUUCCAACAUCAGGCGGUUCCGGCCGGCUGUUAAAUUUGUUUGCUGGAUGCCUUGGGCUAUAUUACUUGAACUUCACGGAAGACCACCAGAAGUUUGAGAUCUGGGUAAUGAAAGAAUUAUCUUGGACUAAGCUCAAUGUUGUGCUUCCUUAUGCUCAUGGAAUCCACCCUUUGUGUUUAACUAAAGGUGAACUUGUUGGCAUAAAAAACAAUGAGUUAAUCAAAGUCAGUGAUAAAGGUGUAUCGGUGGAGUCUCUAAGAAUUAGUUGUCGUGACAAUGACUUGAAGAUGGUUAUGUUUACUCAGAGUUUGCUGUCACUUCCGGACGAGUUUGGCUGCACAGGGGAAGAACAAGGAAAGUAGGGUGGUCACACAUGAGAUAUCAAAAGUUGUUUGUCAGGCUCUGGUGUGCAUGUUUCAGCAAGUUAGGAGCAUCUUUGAUAAGGUGUUUUGUAUAUAUCUUCUGUCCAGACACAACAUUACAACAUAUGCCUUCUAAAUUUUGUAUUAAAUGUAUUGUUUUAGGAUUAAUGGACUUAUGCUUUUGUUUUGUUCUUGUUCUUGUUCUUAGAAAGGGAUGGAUUGUAAAUUGCACAAUACUUUGAUUAAGACUAAUGGAAUUUUUUUUUCCACA